AUGAGCCGAAAUUCAGACACCGCGUUGCAUAAUUCUGAUUAUGAGAUAAAGGAACAAGAUAGGUUUUUGCCUAUUGCAAAUGGUAUGUGGAAGAGUCUAAAUUGAAUUAAAGACCCAUACUAACGUAAAUAGUUGGAAGGGUGAUGAAGAAAGCGUUGCCACCACAUGCAAAACUAUCAAAGGAAUCAAAAGAAUGCAUCCAAGAGUGUGUUUCGGAGUUUAUUUCAUUCAUAACAAGUCAGGCUUCAGAUAGAGGUCGCUUAGAAAAGAGAAAAACACUCAACGGUGAAGACAUACUAUGGUCGAUGUAUAUACUAGGAUUCGAGAACUAUUCAGAAACAUUGAAAAUAUACUUAGCCAAGUAUAGACAAGUAUGUAUAUUUUUUUUAUUUCCUUGUCAUACGUGAAAUCAUUACUAAGACUUCAGUUUGAACAAAUCGAGGCAGAGAAAAAGGCGACCAAAUCAGGACGCUCUAAAGCAUCCAAAUAUGAAGAUUCAUUCUACGAUACUGGAACGGACGAAACAAGUCCCAGCGAUGCAAAGAGCGACUAUUCACCUGAUUCAGUGAAUCAAGUAUCUGAACAAGGCGAAGAUUUCAGCUUUCCGUUUGAAGGCGAUUCUGUUCCCCCUCCUGGUCAAUGGAAUUCAAUAGACAACUACCUUGACCCUAAGUAUAUGUCGAAUCUCAAUGCCAGACGUCAGUCGAACGUCCGCCAAUUCAACACGGAAUCGGAAAUUCUGGCCCUAGAGGACUUUGUUGAAAAAAUGGAAUAA